AUGUCCGCAUGUCGUUACUUCAAAAACUAUUGUCACACCGUUUCGCCUCAUGCUAUCAAUAAAGCACUGGAAACCCUAUGUCUCAAGUACAUUAUUGACAGUGAGCCAUACUUCACCUGCGACAUCUAUCAUUCACCAAAUCAUCCAUCAUACGAAGUCUCCACCUUGAUGGGUCUACACCAUAUAUUCUGGGGUCCCACCCACCAAGAUUCCAACCUUAACAAAAUAUAUGGGAUUAAUGUAAACCUGGACAUCACUCACACCUAUAGGUCACAUGUUUCCACACAUAAUCUUGGGGUGGUUGCUGUUCCUCCACCUCCACUCAACAUCGAGAAACAACACCACGAGAAAAACCCUUCAUUUAUUAGCCCAUUCAUCAAAUAUCUACUUCGCCAAAAAAAUAAAUCUAUGAGAUCAGGAUUCAACCUCAAAGCAGCGAUCACCAAAUACAUCGACACACUUAUCAGCUUCAGCUCAAAAACAUUCACUAACAGUAAGCGUGGAAGCAAAGCCAUGUGUGACCAAGUCAACAAGAUCAGAGGCUCUGACAAAUCAUUCAACACGUCAACCUCAUAG